AUGGCUGUGCCCCUUUUGUAUCGACCUUGUGUGUUUGAUCCUUAUGCCUAUUCCUGGAUGGAAAAAGAACGGGCUGAUGGUCAGACUACAAGGGAAGAAUGCACACAAUCAUGUGUGGUUGUAGGAGAUGAGGCUAUAGGUAAAACCUGCCUCCUCAUCAGUUACACAACAAAUGCCUUUCCUGAGCAGUAUAUCCCCACUGUCUUUGACAACUAUAGCGUCCAAACAUCUGUGGAUGGGCAAAUCGUCAGCCUGAACACGUGGGACACUGCUGGCCAACAGGAGUAUGACUGACUGUGAACACUCUCCUAACCCCAGACCAGUAUCUUUGUUAUUUGUUUUUCCACUGGGAACCCAUCCUCUUAUGCCAAUGUGAGGCAUAAGUGGCACCCAGAGGUCUCCCAUCAUUGCCCCAAUGUGCCUGUUCUGCUGGUAGGCACCAAGAGGGACCUGUGGAGUGACCUUGAGACAGUGAAGAAGCUGAAGGAGCAGAGCCUAGUGCCCAUGACUCCCCAGCAAGGCACUUCCCUGGCUAAGCAGUUGGGGGCUGUGAAGUAUCUGAAAUAUUCGGCCCUGAUGCAGGAUGGGGUGCAGGAGGUAUUUUUAGAAGCUGUCUGGGCUCUGCUUUACUCUGCUACAAAGAACACCAAAAAAUGCAUCCUCUUAUACCUACCUGGGGACUGCACCUAA